CCUCAACAGCCAGCUGCAUCCUGGGAUCGUGGGCCGUGUGUUUGUCUGCGGACUCACUCAUGAUGAAGGUGACGAUGAUCCCGACCAAACGGUGCAUGCAGGCCUAUAUACUGGUGGGACUGGUGGGUCCUGCCAUGAUAAAGUGCGGAGAAAGCUUGAUGUGAUAGCGAUGUCAAGCUGCCGCGUUGCCAGGAAGCAAUUGCUGGAAUGCCGCUUCUCGUGCAGAGAUAGCGUGCGGGUAGUUGUAUAGAAGCCAGCUACCCGUCGGCAGUCUGUACCCUCCACGAUACCUAGCCGACUAGCGUCGGGAUCCACCCGAUAACCUCAUCACCAAUGUCGAUGGACAAGCCAAGCUUCGUAUCUUCUGUGUGACACUCAUCCCACUUUGUUUUUUUGUUCAUUUUCCUUCCUCGAAGCUCCGCUCAACAUUUUACCCUCUUUGCACAAUGGUCACUGAAGCCGACAUCAAGCCAUGGCUGCGCUCAGCGGCAGCCUCAUACAUCCUCUACAACGCUUCAAUAGUCGACGUUGAGGCAGGGAUUGCUCGACCAAAUCAAACAGUCACCAUCGAGAACGGCAAAAUCACAUCCAUUGAGACAGCGGCAGGUACACCAACUCAGCGUUCCGGAAUCACAUCUGUCGACUGCUCUGGGAAAUUCAUCUCUCCAGGCUUAAUCGACAGCCACGUCCAUCUGAUUGCAGUGCCGGGCUUCGACAACUUGGCUGCAGCUUUUGGAAACCCUGAAGCUGUAACUCUGUUGCGACAGCCGUACGUAUGCGCCCAGAUGCUGCACCGAGGAUUCACAAGCAUCCGCGAUUGCGGCGGAGCCCACGCUGCGAUCAAGGAAGCUAUCGAGGAUGGUGUGAUAGUUGGCCCGAGACUAUUCAUUGCAGGCCACGCACUGAGUCAAUCUGGAGGUCACGCUGACUUUCGCGGCAAGCACGACUACUCAGCAUGUUGUGGUGGCCAUGCGACGGGCAUCGGCCGCGUGUGCAAUGGCGUACCGCAGUGCAUGCAAGCUGUUCGAGAAGAGAUUCGAACCGGGAGUGAUUUCAUCAAGAUCAUGGGUUCUGGUGGUGUCAGCAGUCCCACCGACAAAAUAACCCAUCUUCAGUUCACACCGGAGGAGAUCCGAGCGAUGGUAGAGUGUGCGAACAACGCCGGUACAUAUGUGACUGCACACGCGUACACAUCCGAAGCUAUCCGUCAUUGUAUAUCGCAAGGAGUGAAGGGUAUCGAACACGGCAACUUUCUUGAUGCAGAGACGGCUGCCAUCAUGGCCGAGAAAGGCUGUUACCUGACGCCGACUCUGAUCACAUACGAUCAGAUGGCGUCGCCAAAGUGGGCUGGGUACCUCCCGCCAUCAGAGACAUCAAAGAACAUCGAGGUCCUCGAUGCAGGACUGAAGGCGUUAAAGACUGCUGCAGAUGCUGGUGUGACAAUUUGCUUUGGGACGGAUCUGCUGGGCCCACUGGGUGCUGCGCAGACGCAUGAGUUCAACCUUCGAUCCAAGGUCCUCUCAUCACUCGAAGUGCUACGAAGCGCAACACUGAACCCUGCUCGUAUGUUCGGGCGAGAGAAUAGCCUGGGGCAGAUUAAGGAAGGAUUCGAGGCUGACUUGCUAAUCCUUGCUGCAAAUCCGCUGGAUGAUGUAACGAUUCUGGAUAAGCCAGAAGCAUAUGUGAAAGCAGUGAUGAAGGAAGGUCGUGUAUACAAGAGUCGCUGGGCUGACAUCGCCGAGGACUCCACGGCGGUCAGGUUGAAGCCCGCCUUGUAGUUUGUAGAUAAUACCAUCCUUUCAUG